AUGCCAUCAAAUAAACCAGAGAAGAAUGAUGAAAUGACCAUUAUUGACAAAUCAAUAUGGUCAAUUAACAACCUUUUAGAAAAAUACAACUCAUUUAAAAAGUCCGGAUCAGCAAGCGAUUUUUACAAGUUUAUAGCUCAAAAUGGGUAUUUAUUUCAAAAAAAAUUCAACACACAAUAUGAAACUACAACCACUCAUGAGAAAGCUUACCUCUUCCUAUCUCAACUACAGCUUCCAAUAUUUAGAAAUAUCAGCUCCCUUAUAGUUCCAUAUAAAUUGGUUAAUCAUAAACCAAAUUUUGGAAAUCAUCAUGUUUUUCCUCAAACCUAUCAACUGGUGAUUAGAAACAUAUACAGAUUAAUGCACAGCAAUCAAAACAAUGAAAUUCUCUUAAAUUCACUAACAAAAAAUCUUCAAAACCUAACCCAAAAUGAAAUGGAAAUAACAAACGAUGUUGUGAUAGACUAUAUAGUAAAUUUUUUCUCAGUCAGCACAUUUCUCUCCAUAACUUAUCCCAACUUACAACAAGACAACACAAUCCAAAAAUUACAAAUCAAACCAACCUCAAAAAAUUCAAACGACUCUUUUGUGCAAAUCCUGCCGUAUCAAACUUCAUCAAUUUCUACCAAUAGAAAUAACUCUAUUUACGAUCAUUUUCAUAUGGUGAUUUUAAAUGGUAAAAAUGAAUUUUCCAACUCCGAAAUGAGACUUUGGCUACAAGAGCUAUUGAACUAUAUUACCAAAACCCCGAACAGGAUACUUGCACCAUUAGAUUUCUUUAAUAAAACAGAUAUCAUUAUAAGUGAUGAACAAAAUAUCUAUGAAAUUUUAUUACACCGCAUUCUAAAUCCUAUCAGCAGUUUGAUAUCACCGCAAAAACUACAGUUAGGUCAUCGUGUUCUUAGUAAACAUCUCAAAAUUAAGGAUAUUAAGGAUGCAAAUACACAAUUCAAAGACAUAAAAUUCACAGUAAUUCCAGACACCUGCUUCCAACUAACUAGUAACGGAGAUAUCAUAUUUCCAGUGGAAAUUAAAUUGCCGAAUAUCAAAAAUUAUUUUCAAAAAUUAUUUUCAAAAAUUUGUUAA